ACCACUUCUCUGGGACACAUCGCCUUCUGUUUUCUCCAGCAUGCGCUUGCUCCAGCUCCUGUUCAGGGCCAGCCCUGCCACCCUGCUCCUGGUUCUCUGCCUGCAGUUGGGGGCCAACAAAGCUCAGGACAACACUCGGAAGAUCAUAAUAAAGGAUUUUGACAUCCCCAAGUCAGUACGCCCAAAUGAAGAAGUCACUGCAACGCUUGCAGUUCAAACAGAAUUGAAAGAAUGCAUGGUGGUUAAAACUUACCUCAUUAGCAGCGUCCCUCUGGAAGGUGGAUUUAACUAUAAGUAUACUGCCUGCCUAUGUAACGAGAAUCCAAAAACCUUUUACUGGGACUUUUACACCAACAGAACUGUGCGAAUUGCAGCCGUUGUUGAUGUUAUUCGGGAGUUAGGCAUCUGCCCUGAUGAUGCUGCUGUAAUCCCCAUCAAAAACAACCGGUUUUACACUAUUGAAACCCUAGAGGUAGAAUAAUGGAAGCCCUGUCUGUUUGCCACACUCAGGUGAUUUCCUCUAAGGAAACUUGGCUGGAAUUUCUGCUGUGGUCUAUAAAAUAAACUUCUUAACAUGC